GGUGCUGUGGCGGGGGAUGCCAUGCCGAGGGGCCGGCGGGGCGGCCUGGCCGCGGGGCAGCCGGUGCUCAGCAGGUUCUUCGGAGCGGCGGCGAGCGGCGGCCAGAGAGGCGGGCCCCGCCACACGGCUUCUGAGUUUGGCAUCAAAAGRAGCACAUCUACCGAAAGUGAAGAGCCAUGUGAGAAGAAGACCAAGGCACGACAAAUUACUCUAGAAGAGUUCUGUAACCCACUGAAGACUAAAARUGAGGAUAAAAGUGGGUUGAUUGUAAACAAACCUUCAGUAGAACCUCAGAAGCGUGAAAAGCCCCGUAUCUGUUUGCAAACUCUGGACAGACUGAGAGAGUUCUGCAGUGAUUCAAACCAGCAAUGUACCAGAGUCCAGAAGGAUGGCUUUCAGCAGAAAGAAUCUCUGGAGAAAUGUCCCARUAUUACUGGAAGCAGCUCACAAUUGGAAAAUCCUCUUCCAUCUGGKGACACUGGCCCGAAGGUCACACAGAAGGAGGCAUUACAAUGUAAUCUGAGUCAGUUUUCUGCAUCUCUCAAGUCCCAUGAAAAUACUCAGUGUGCUUCAGAUACAAAUCGUAACAGAAGAACCAAAACCAUUUACACUCCACUAGAACUCCAGUUCAUAGAAAUGAAGAAAAAGUAUAAAGAUGCUGUUCUGUGUGUGGAAUGUGGAUACAAAUACCGGUUCUUUGGAGAGGACGCAGAGAUUGCAGCCAGAGAGCUGAACAUUUACUGUCACCUGGAUCACAACUUCAUGACUGCCAGCAUUCCCAGCCACCGGCUCUUCGUCCACGUGCGCCGCCUCGUAGCCAAGGGACACAAGGUUGGAGUAAUAAAACAAAUGGAAACUGCAGCACUGAAAGCUGCUGGAGAAAAUAAAAGCUCUCUCUUCAGCCGCAAGCUGACUGCCCUCUACACUAAGUCUACACUUAUUGGAGAAGAUGUGAACCCUUUGCUGAAGCUGGAUGAUUCUGUAGAAGUUGAAGAGGUWACAGCAGAUGUCCCUGAUAACUACCUCCUCUGUAUCUGUGAGAAUGGGGACAACCCGAAAGACAGGAAGAGAAGUGACAUUGUUACAGGCAUUAUGGCCAUCCAGCCAACUACAGGAGAAGUAAUUUUUGACAGUUUUCGGGACUGCGCUUCCCGCUCCGAGUUGGAGAGUCGAGUUCUACGCCUGCAGCCAGUUGAGAUAAUCCUUCCAUCUAGGCUGUCAGAUCAAUCUGAAAAGCUCAUCCACAGUAUAACCUCCAUGAGGUUACAGGAUGACAGAAUUAGGAUAGAAAGGAUGGAAAACCAUAAUUUUGAGUACAGUCAUGCUUUCCAGAGAGUUACUGACUUCUAUGCAAAAGAAGUGCCUGGUACUACAGGUCCUCAAAAACUAUCUGCAGUAUUAAGCUUGGAUAAGCCUGUUAUUUGCUCUCUGGCAGCAGUAAUUGCAUAUCUCAAAGAAUUUAAUUUGGAAAAGAUGCUUUACAAUCCAAGCAAUUUCAAACGGUUGUCCAGUGAAACUGAAUAUAUGACAAUUAAUGGGACAACAAUGAAAAAUCUUGAAAUUUUACAGAAUCAGACUGACAUGAAAACAAAAGGAAGCCUACUCUGGGUCCUGGAUCAUACUAAAACCUCCUUUGGACGUCGAAGAUUGAAGAAGUGGGUAACCCAGCCCCUCAUAAAAUCCAGUGAAAUAAACGCUCGGCUUGAUGCUGUGUCUGAAAUUCUGCUGUCAGAUUCCAGCGUGUUUGGUCAGAUUCAAAAUCUUCUUUCUAAGCUACCAGAUUUGGAGAGAGGCCUCUGCAGUGUUUUCCACAAAAAGUGCUCCACCCAGGAGUUCUACUUGAUAGUCAGCACCCUGUGUCGUCUGGACUUGGAAAUUCAAGCUUUUGUCCCAGUUAUACAAUCCCAUGUGAAAUCUCCUCUAUUAAAAAAUGCACUGUUGGAAAUCCCAGACCUUCUCUCCCCAGUAAAACAGUAUUUAAAGAUCCUUAAUGAAGAAGCAGCCAAGACUGGAGAUAAAACACARUUGUUCAAGGACCUCACAGACUUCCCUGUCAUCCGAAAGGAGAAGGAGGAGAUCCAGGAUGUGCUUUCUAAAAUCCAGCUGCAUCUGCCGGAUAUUCGCAARCAGAUCAAGAACCCUUCUGCAGAGUAUGUCACAGUUUCGGGUCAAGAGUUUCUGGUAGAAGUCAAGAAUUGCCAUAAGUCAUCUGUGCCAYCUGACUGGGUUAUGGUUAGUAGCACAAAAGCUGUCAGCCGCUUCCACUCUCCUUUCAUUAUAGAAAAUUACAGACUCCUGAACCAGCUCCGGGAGCAGCUCGUCCUUGACUGCAGCGCCGAGUGGCUGCGCUUCUUAGACGAUUUCAGUGAACAUUAUCACCCCGUAUCCAAAGCCAUUUGUCACCUAGCAACUGUGGACUGCCUCUUCUCAUUGGCCCAGGUGGCCAAACAAGGAGACUACUGCAGACCAACUGUGCAGGAUAACCGGCGAGAAAUAACMAUAAAAAACGGGAGGCACCCUGUGAUCGAUGUUCUGCUGGGAGAGCAGGAUCAGUACGUCCCAAACACCACCAASCUUUCUGGAGAUGGUGAAAGGGUCAUGAUCAUCACUGGGCCCAACAUGGGAGGGAAGAGCUCCUACAUCAAGCAAGUGGCGCUGAUCACACUCAUGGCACAGAUCGGCUCUUUUGUUCCUGCUGAGGAGGCCACAAUUGGAGUUGUGGAUGGCAUUUUCACCAGUUACCACAUGGCCUUCCUGGUCAGCGAGGAGGACAGCGGCCAGCACGGGGGUAUGGGGACAUGGUCUGAAACAGAAGASAAUCCUGAAUUCAUCACUUUUCUUUAUCAAAUAACUAAAGGAGUCUCUGCAAGGAGUUAUGGGCUAAACGUUGCCAAGCUGGCAGAUAUUCCUGAAGAAAUCUUGAARAAAGCAGCUCACAAAUCAAAGGAGCUGGAGAGAAUAGUGAAUAUGAAAAGGAAAAAAAUGAAGUCCUUUGCUGAAGCGUGGAAGAUAACUGAUUCUCAGGAACUACAGAAAUGGAAMAACUCAUGUGAACCUGAAGAUGAAGAAAAGGACAAUUUUUAAUGCUCAGAUCAUGGUUAAAGAUGGAAGAUGCUGGAGAAUAAUGGAUUUUAUCAGGGUGUAGCUCCAGUUGACUUUUUUUGCUUUCUGAGAGAUCACAGAUGCUGCAUCAUGUGUAAAAUUCUCUCUCCACUUCCCUUCCUUUGCACCCUUUUCCUUAAUUCAAAAACGUGUAUGGGGAUUUGAUCUAAUUUGUUUAAAAACCAUGAAAAAUUUCUUGAUAAAUUAUUAGGUAACUAUUUUAUAAAUAAAAUAAUGUGUUUCACUUUUG